CUAGGUUGGAGGUCUGAGGCGGAUCAGAAUAUGGAAAUGAAGAUGUCAUUGCACUUUCCUCUUCUCGGUAUGAGAUUUACCAUUGUACGUAUGAUCCUUACGACGUAUUUAGCUAUUUAGACACAUUUUACGGGUACGUACCUUACAUUCCAUCUCAUUUCCCUUUCCCUUUCCUCUACACAAUAUCGAUCCGAUAUAUACCUCGUACUUGGUAUAUACCUGCCAUCUACCUACUAGGUAGUCCCUUCCUUUCACAUCAACGACUGCCAUAUCCGGAGAACUGGUUUGCAUAUGCAAUGCAAAUCAAUGAAUAAUAGAUAGAGUACCCGGCACAAGUACACUCGUACCUUCACCAAUGACAACUCCAUUUUCCAUGUCAAUACCUCUUCUCUCCUCACGCACCAUCUUUAAAGCUCUUCUUAAAGACCCUUCAUUCAUCUCCAUCCACAUCUUUUCAUUCAUUUGAACGUGUAUGGACUGACUGGCUGACUGACUGACUGUAUGUCUUAUCUUUUUUGACUCUUGUUUUACUUCCUUCCUUGGUUCCAACUACUUUCACCUUUUCUGCCUAUCAAGGUUACUACCUCAUUAGUACUUAGUAGCUACCCGUUACCUCAUCCUUACUCACUUCUUUUCCCUUUCCCUUGCAUCAUUCGUACAACCUUGAGUGCAGCUCAAUAUUCCACCACAACAUACCUCUCACUCUCCUUACAAAAUACCGUUGGGCCCAACCCAUACGAUGGAAUCAAUCAUUCUCCCUUCGCCGGGUCUUCACGAUGUAAUUGAAACCUUACAGCAAGACGCUCCCGAUAAAUCAAAUGUGACCAUCAAUCGAGCUCGAUUGGCUUCAUUCUCAACAACGCGAGAUUCGAGUAUCUCAUGGGGUCGACGGCAUCAUCAUGGUUCGUGGUUACAUUCCGUGGGAUGUGCGAGUAUCAUGAUUCUGUGUCCAAUCAUUGUCAUAUUCUAUUGGAUUGCACUCUCACGCUUUGAAGGAUCUUUAACUUCAGCAUACAAAUCAAUGGCCAUGAUUGGUCCUAUCAAUUUCUUAUGGCAACAUGCACCUCGAGGAAAUUUAAGAACGAAUGUUGGUUAUGGAACGUGGUUGUUAUUCCAAGCACUUCUGUACCAAUUUCUACCUACCGAAUUGAGUACGGGUCAACUCACUCCAGCUGGGAAUCUUCUCAAGUACCGUACAAAUGGUCUUUCAGCUUGGUUUGUCACUCAUGCUUUGUUCCUCAUUUCGUCAUAUUGUGGACUCUUGGAUCCAGCAAUUCUCGCAAAACAUUGGCAGGCAUUGUUGGUCUCAGUGAAUGUUUAUGGGUUUUUAUUAUCCGGGUUUGCUUAUUUGAAAGCUCACAUGUCUCCAACCCAUGAAGGCGAUCGAAAAUUCAGUGCAUCUGUCCUGUACGAUUUGUACAUGGGAAUCGAAUUGAAUCCUAGAUUUGGGGAUCAUUUCGACUUUAAAUUAUUCCACAAUGGGCGGCCUGGGAUAAUUGCCUGGACUCUUAUUGACAUGUCUUUCAUCGCGUAUCAGUAUCAAACCUACGGAUAUAUCACCAAUUCCAUCAUUCUGAGCACUUUUCUACACGGUCUCUACGUUGUCGACUUCUUCAUCAACGAAGAUUGGUACCUUCGAACUAUCGAUAUCUGCCAUGACCACUUUGGUUUCUAUCUUGCAUGGGGAUCCAUUGUUUGGUUGCCAUCCAUGUAUACCCUUCAGACUCAAUAUCUUUCAAGAUAUCCCCACUCUCUAUCACCUCUCAACGCCAUGAUGUUGUUCACCUCGGGUGUCAGUGGUUACAUCAUUUUCCGAAGCGUCAAUCACCAAAAGGAUCUCGCUCGUCGCACCAAAGGUAAUUGUCAACUUUGGGGUGCUCCAGCAGAUGUCUUACACGUCAAAUAUCGAACUAAAGAUGGCAAAGAACAUGAUAGCAUUCUUCUUUGCUCUGGCUGGUGGGGUAUGGCGAGACAUGUCAAUUAUUUGGGCGACCUUAUCCUUUCUUAUUCCAUGUGUGCAACUUGUGGUACGCAUAAUUUGUUGCCAUGGACAUAUGCAAUUUUCAUGACGAUUCUGUUAAUUCAUCGCUGCUGGCGGGACGAGGAGAGAUGCUCAAAGAAAUAUGGGAAGGGGUGGGAAGAUUAUUGUCAGAAAGUGAGGUGGGUUAUCUUGCCGGGUGUUUAUUAGAUGGCGAGAUAGGUACGAGGGUGUCGAAAGUGAAGUGAUAGAGUGUGAGAGUUACAUGGCUAAAAGUGAAUCAUUUUGGGUCACAAGUAUCAAGUGGUAAUGGUGGAAGAUAGCAUUACAAAAAAUACCAGUGGUAUACGAUGGGAGAAGAUCAAUAGACGGAGCUCCGGUGUGGAUAUGAAGGGGGUAAUUGAAUGGGAUUCCUAGAUUAAUCGAACUGAACACGGAUAUGAAAAUCAAUGAUGAAUAGAUGGGCUGGAUUAAAUCGAGCAAUGGACGCAGGCUGAACAACGACAAUAGUUCCUAGACAAACAGAACAGAAUAAUAAAUUUAGAUCGUAAACCCUGAA